AUGUUGGCUUACGAUGGAAUCAUCUCUCCAGAGACGGACAGCGGGUUUGUCGGUUCAGAGAGCAGCCGUCUGACUCCUGCAGCUGCUCCCAGUCCUCUCCACCAGAGGGCCUCAGAGAGUGUUUCAGUGCCUCAGGAGGGGAAACCUGAGAAGCCUCAGACAGGCCCAGUCUCAGCACCAUCUCCUGCGUCUUCGCCGUCACACAGUCGCACUGCUAUGGAGCCCAAGGGGGGCUCCCGGCUCAGCCCCGUCCAUCCGAGGAGAACCAGACAGGGGCAGAGGAGACGCACCUUCUCCUGCUCUCCACAGCGCUGGGUCAGUCAGACAGAACAAUCCAAUGCAGGGACCAGUGAGUUUGGGCUUGAGAGUGACAGCAAUCACACUCUGUCUGAAGAUGGGCAAAAUAACCAGUGCAUAGAAUCUACCAGCUCCAGUCCAAGCUCCCCCACUGCAUGGUAUUACCAUGGCGAUUCUCUCAGAGCACUGAGCUCCAGUCAGGGGGCCAAUCGCAAUGAUGCAAUCCAGACGCUGCAGACCGAGGUGACCAGACUGAAGGAGAGACUAGAAAGCUGUCUGAGAAAUAAGAAGCCUCUGAGUUCUGUGAGAGCAGCUUUAGCCCAGGAGAACUACGCUCACCUCAAUGCGUCUACACCUCGCGUCAGGUCUGGGGUGCGAUUGAGCGAUGCCAGCAGGGGAAGAAGAGACAGACAGACGGUUGAGGAGGUUGAGGAGUCUACACUGAGACGAACAACCAGGAAAAUACCACCUUCUACACGCAGACAAGAACCACAACCUAACAUGUUGACAGAGCCUUCUACGUCCCGGCCCCUGGUGUCCAGAUGUACUCAAACAUCUGCUGCAGUACCAGAAAGCUGUGGUUCCCACACAAAAGCAGUCCGCAGCAGAACACACCCCAGGCAACAUCCUGGUGUGUCUGUACAAGUGUCUGAAACAGCAGAUGAACCUGACAGCAGAAGUCGUCACGCUCCUCUUUGUCCUCAGUGUUUGUCACGUCACCGAGGGCGACCUGAAAGACCAGUUGGUGGCGACACAGAGCCGACCCACUCCUCCCGCUGUCGUCACCGUCUUCUCUGUGGAUGUCCUGAUCCGUACCAAAGCACUGGGCCAGACUCCCCCACACACACAAGCUACCAACCAGCCGAGACCCCUGACAGAGCAGCAAAGAGCAGUCACUUUGCAGCUGCAACUCCAACUGCACUGCUGCAGUGCAUGCCAGUGUGUCCGCCACCACUCCUGUUGUACUCGACGCCCCUCUACGUGUCUCCUAGCAACGACACUGGCACAUCCUCGGGGGUCAGAGGUCACAGGGAGGUGAGGGCGAGGACUAGACGCUCCAUGUCUGCUGACAAGCAGCGCUCUUUGGACAGCUCUCUGAACAGAGCCAUCAGAGCAGCCCGGCACAUGAAACACACCUCUAGACACAUGGCUCACUCUCUGGCUACUGGACUGCACUACCAGGAGCAGCUGACUCAGUCCUGCAGCUACUAGUCUGGUCUGAACUCACUUCCCAGGCAGAUUAGACCAAGCGCCAGUUCAGCUGCAGAAUGAGGCUGUCCACAUCACCAGGAGCCACAAGCAGUGAGCGCAUGACCAAGUGAAUAAAAAGUCGAAAGUCAUUCUCUGCUUUGUAACAUUCUUUGUUUCCUAAGUUUGGAGAAACAAAAUGCUGCCAAAGGUUCUUAUGAUGCAUUUUUAUUAUAUGUAAAUUUAUGGCAACAUUUAGGUCUCUGGGGGCCAAACAUGAAUUUAUCAAAAGAUAUGCUGGCAUACGUUGAGAUGACAUAGUUUCGAAAAUGGUGUAGUACUGUAGAUCAGUAGAUGAUGUUGAUCAUAUUGAUUUUAAAGUUAAGAUAAUUACUUUCACUGGACAUGAGAAGUUAAAGCUCUCAUGAGUUAUUACUCAGUUAUUUUGAGCUAUUUAUUGAUCAUGUGUCUGUUUAUUGAUAAAGCAGUUGUGUUUAAGUGCUUUUUUAGUUUACAGAAAUCUAAAAAUAAAGUCACGAUUUCAGUGUUAUUUUAGCUGCUGUAGACAUUUUUUUUGUGUGAAUGCAGUCGCUCAUUGUUGUGAUGGAGUCAGUUUUGGAUUGUCAAACAAGACACGACCAUGGAUCUAUUUUGUAAAUGUCAAAGGCUUAUCUCUCUUUAUCUUUAUAUAUUACGAAAAGAGGCUGGCCCCCAAGGACCUGAGAUGCUGCAUAUCCUCAAUUAGUCUGCUUCUAUGUUGUUAGUCAUUUUGUAUGUAUAAACUACACCUGUUGUCAUUGUGAAGUUUUCGAGUUAAAAUCUGUACAGUAUUUUAUCGUAGGAUUGCAAGUGUAACUGCAUGAGCCAGUCUACUGUAACUGAUUUGUUUUAUGUGGAGCAAACAUUUACAGACUGCAGUGACAAAGGUGUGUGGCUCUUUAUAUACAGGGGGGAACAGAGGAUUAGGACUAUUUUUACAGAAAAAAGUAUGCAUUAUAUUUGGUUGAAACACACCAUAGAACUGUCUAUGUUUUAAGUGAAUUUUAUUUUUAACUUACCAUUUUUUUUACCAGUUAACUUAUCAUUUUUACUUUUGUACCAUUAUUUCUCAAAUUGCAGGUGCUGUUUUAAUUUGCAGGGAAGCUUUUCAGUUGUCCCUAAGGAGCCAAAUAAAGGUGGGAAUGAACAUUU